GCUGGGUUUGAGGACUGCAAUUCUUCUUCAGAAAUGAGCAAUGAACGCAUGAGUUGAUUUUGUACCUCGUGGCAGGCAGCCCCGGAUGAAUGAAACAUGACAUUUUUAACCUUUCAAAGGGAACUUAUGAAUGAAAAAAUAAAUUCCAAAAUGUUGGUAAUAUUCAAAGAAAUAAUUUUCAUUGUGAACGAUGUAAAGGUAAAGACUUGCGUGCCUGACCUGAAAAUGUGUGUGUGUGUGUGUGUAUCCGUUGGGGGGUGUUGACUUUCACAUGACAUUGACGCUGUGUAAAUGUUGAGUAGCGGCUGAUCUCAGACCGGCUCCAGCACCAGUGGCGUGUGGACAGCUCCCGCAGGACCGCUUUACAUGGACACAACACUCAUUUCUGGAAGUUUACAACUCACACAGCCAUACACGGACACACUGCCUUUGGAAAACAGGCAUAAUUCACUGUUAACUGAUCAUCGGGGGUUCGUGUGGAUCUCUACUGCGGUCUGAAAUCAGAGACAUGGCGACAAACAACACCAAAAACACCGAUGGACAAGUUGCGACGGAACUCAACGAGAUCCCAACUAACGACAAACCCAAAUCAGAGGACGCCAAACCAGAGAAGAAGAAGAAGAAAGAGAUUCCAAUCAGAGAAACUUGGGGUGGGAAAUUUGAUUUUCUGCUGUCAUGUGUGGGCUACGCCAUCGGCCUGGGGAACGUGUGGAGAUUCCCGUAUCUGUGCGGGAAAAACGGCGGAGGGGCUUUCUUGAUUCCUUAUUUUUUGACGCUAAUUUUUGCGGGAGUUCCUCUGUUUUUUCUUGAAUGCGCUCUUGGACAGUACACAUCCAUUGGCGGCCUUGGGGUUUGGAAACUAGCUCCAAUGUUCAAAGGUGUUGGUCUCGCUGCUGCCGUUCUCUCAUUCUGGCUGAACAUUUACUACAUUGUCAUCAUUGCCUGGGCCAUUUACUACUUAUACAACUCCUUCACCACUGAGCUUCCAUGGAAAACUUGUAAUAAUCCAUGGAACACAGACAGAUGUUACACAAACUACAGCAUAGUAGACACCACCAAUCUCACCAGUGCUGUCAUGGAGUUUUGGGAACGCAAUGUGCAUCAAAUGACUGAUGGCUUAGAAAAACCUGGUGAAAUUCGUGCUCCACUUGCAAUAACACUGGCCAUUGCCUGGGUCCUAGUGUACUUCUGUAUCUGGAAAGGUGUAAGCUGGACUGGAAAGGUUGUUUACUUCUCUGCCACCUACCCGUACUUCAUGCUGUUCAUUCUGUUCAUCCGUGGAGUGUCCCUGCCUGGGGCUAAAGACGGGAUCCUGUUCUAUAUCACUCCUGACUUCGAGAAGCUGAAGGAGUCUGAGGUCUGGCUGGAUGCUGCAACACAGAUCUUCUUCUCCUACGGUUUGGGUCUAGGCUCCCUUAUUGCUCUGGGCAGCUACAACCCUUUCAAUAACAACGUGUACAGGGAUUCGAUCAUUGUGUGCUGUAUAAACUCCUUCACUAGUAUGUUUGCUGGAUUUGUGAUUUUCUCUAUUGUGGGCUUCAUGGCACAUGUCACAAAGAGACCGAUAGCUGAUGUAGCCGCAUCUGGUCCAGGUUUGGCCUUUCUAGCGUAUCCAGAAGCUGUGACGCAGUUGCCCGUCUCUCCGCUGUGGGCGAUCCUCUUCUUCUCCAUGCUGCUGAUGCUGGGAAUCGACAGUCAGUUCUGCACAGUGGAGGGCUUCAUCACGGCUCUGGUGGACGAGUUCCCACGGGUGCUCCGGAAGAGGAGGGAGAUCUUCAUUGCGUGUGUUUGCGCUGUGUCCUACGCCAUUGGGCUGUCCAAUAUCACACAGGGUGGCCUCUAUGUGUUUAAACUCUUCGACUAUUACUCCGCCAGUGGGAUGUGUCUGCUCUUCCUGGUGUUCUUUGAGUGUAUCUCCAUCUCCUGGUGCUAUGGUGUGAACAAGUUUUAUGACAACAUCCAGGAAAUGAUUGGAUACAAGCCUUGUAUAUGGUGGAAACUGUGCUGGGUUUUCUUCACCCCUCUGAUUGUUGCUGGUGUGUUCCUCUUCAGCGCAGUGCAAAUGGUUCCUCUUAAAAUGAACAACUAUGUGUUCCCUAAAUGGGGGCAAGGAGUGGGCUGGCUCAUGGCUUUAUCCUCUAUGGUUCUCAUUCCUGGUUAUAUGACCUACAUGUUCUUCACCCUGAAGGGGACAUAUAAGGAGCGGUUCAGGAUAAUGCUGCAGCCUCCAGCAGUGAGGCGUGCUCAGGAGAAUGGGCCAGAGCAACAGCAGCUUCAGUCACCGCCACAGCUGCCGGAGCAAUCACCGCAACAACCGCAGCAACCAGACCAGGCACAGCAGCAACCACAAUCACCGCAACAACCACAAUCGCCACAGCAACCGCAAUCACCACAGCAACCGCAAUCACCACAGCAACCGCAAUUACCACAGCAACCGCAAUCACCACAGCAACCGCAAUCACCACAACAACCACAAUCACCGCAACCACAGGACCAGGCACAGCAGCAACCGCAAUCACCACAGCCAGAGCCGCAGUCUCAGCCUCCGCCUCCGUCACAGCCGCAGGUGCAGGCUGAUAGUACAUCUCCGACUAACCCUGGUAGCGAUGCCAAUGUCUAAAAGCAGUAGAGGUGAACCCCAGCAGAGAGCAAUCAAAGAUUAACAGCACAGAAGACUUCCAUGUUUAUACAGUAAAAGAAUCAUCUACCUCCAGGGGUCAUAAAUAAUAACAAAACUAAACAUAAAAAGUGACAAAAAUAAUUAAAAACACAAACAAAAAAAAACCAUUUGCAUUUGAAAAACUUACACACAAACACAAACUCUGUAAGCUUUCCAAAUGUGAAGCAACAAGUGUCAGUGUUAAAAAAAAUGAAUUAUACAAUGUAUUAUGUAAAUUUGUCUCUACUAAGGUUAUACUGUGAGUUAGAUUUAAGGACAGUGCAUUGUUUUGCAAUGCAUAAGCUAUUUAUGUAAGGUAUAAACAGUUUCUAUGUUGCACUGGGACAAAGCAGGAGUCCAUGAUUAUGAUUAUGUUGUAUUGUGGGUCAUUUGGAAAAACCAAGGCGCAUCCAGCAAGCCCUGUGUCCGAAGCACAAUGAAUUUUUAUUCGGUUGAGCCCUUGGAUGACCCAUUGUAUGUUGUUGAAUAUCUUUGUUGAGAGAGACUGUUACUAUCUUUUUCUUUUCCGAGCUAAAAAAGAGAAAAUACUUGUAAGUGAUUUUUAGAAUUAUUUUUAGAAUGCUUUGUACUUUAAUGUUGAGACCAAGGACCAAAAUCAUAGACUAAAGCAAAAACGAAUCUAUGCCUGGCAGUGUGUAGUUUGUAAAGCACAGGGUACAAAAAUACAGAAAAUGAGAACACCGCAAAACACAGGGUGAACAUUUUUGCAGAUUAUUCUACAGAUUACUGAUGAGUGCUGUCAGUUCAGUGUCCUGUUUACAUGUCCCCUCAGGAAAAAAAAGAAGAAGAAGAA